UAAUAUUAAAAUUAUCAGACACAUACUACACUAGUUUGUUGGUUAUUGUAUUGUUUCUUCUUGUGCUAUGUAUUUAUAAUUUUUAAUGAAUUGUGUACAUAAACUUCUAAAUCAACAAUGGAGGAAGCAGACUUGAUCGAAUUAAAACUUGAGGGAAUAGAUGAACUUGAUAUAAAAGAUGGACAAUUAGUUAUAAUAAAAGAUGCAUUUAAGCAAAAAGACAAUGAGAACAUAAAAUUUGAUAACUGUAUCACUGCAUUUCAAGAGGAAGUUGAAAGUUCACAACCUAAAGUUAAAAAACAUCGAUCAAGAGUAAAUGUAAUUUCGAAUGAAUGCCAGGAAUCUAUGAAGAAUUAUAUAAAAGCACAAUCAGAAUGUGAAGACGAUAGUGAAUGUGAAACUGACAUAUGUUCUGAUGAAGAAUUAGAAGGUGUUUCUGACUCAGAGAAAAAUGAUGAUGGUUCACUUAAUGGGACGAAGCCAAGAGAUAGUUGGGACACAUAUCCUUGGCUAUGUACUGUUUGUAGUAAGAAGUGUGAGACGGUUAUGGAAUUAAGAUCACAUUACUCAGAAAUACAUCGCAGUUCUCCAAAGUAUAUGUGUGCAGAUUGUACAAAGCCAUAUAAUAAAUAUCACACAUUUAUCAGUCAUGUGCGGGCACAUAGAAUUCAUCUGAGAUUUUGUUGUGACAUGUGCAGUAAAUACUUUGCGAAUCGCAAAACUUUAGGUUUGCAUAGGUCCCAACACUGUGAAAAAAGGCCUUAUAUUUGUAGAAAAUGUGGAAAAGGUUUUAGAGCACAAUCAGCUUUGCAAGUUCAUUCUCGUGCUCAUUUGCCUGAUGAACUAAAAAAUAAAUAUCAUUGUGAUCUAUGCCCCAAGAGAUUUGGUACUAAGCCUAACCUUAUGGCUCAUAAAAGAAUACAUUCAGGCAUUAGGGAUUACACAUGUGACCAAUGUGGUAAAAGUUUUAUUCAGAAAGGGAAUUUAGAUAACCAUAUGUUAACCCAUAUGAAUUAUAGACCAUAUAGCUGUGAUAUAUGUGGAAAAGCAUUUAAAACUGCCAUGAGGCUCAAGAAACAUGAAACCGUACAUUCUGGUCUUAAACCUCAUCAAUGUGAUGUGUGUGGAAGACAAUUUAGAGAGAGGGGCACUCUUAGAGAACAUCAUAGAAUUCACACUGGAGCUAUGCCGUUUUCUUGCGAAUUUUGUGGGAAAUGCUUCAGAUUCAAAGGCGUACUGACGACUCAUCGCAGGCAGCAUACUGGUGAACGUCCUUACUCAUGUCUUGAGUGCCAACAUCAUUUUACAAAUUGGCCAAAUUAUAACAAGCAUAUGAAAAGAAGACAUGGUAUAAACACCAGUGUAACUGUGAGAAAACCGCAAACAAUACCACCAACUGGAAUGCCUGACCGAUCUAAUAUGAUGCAUAUAGUUCCUACUAUUCACAAUAAUAUGCAAGGAACUAUAGUUGUACCGCAACAUGAUAAUUCGGAAUUUAUUAUACCCACGAUAAUGGAAGAAUCUCAGGAUGUGAUAACUAAUUCAAACACAACUCAAUACAUUAAUCAAGAUAAUCAGACAACCUAUAGCAUAACAGCGCAGCCACAAAUACAUGUUGCUUCAAUAGCAGAAGCAGUCAGAAAUCAACAACAUGUUGUACUGCAACAAAGUUUAAAUGCACAGUCAAUUCAGCUGAUAAACACUCAACCAGCGCACAGUCAAUUGAUCUCAAAUGGAAUGGUGUGUUCGACAGCCUAUGCAACCACACCAAUUGUUAACUAUAUUGGCUCUGCAGGAACUGCAGCUGUACUUGGGAUAUACAAUCUCCAAGGGCUCGAUAUAUCUACAACUGAUUUAUUACAAACUGGCAGCACAAUACAAGGUCAUAGAUAGGAUUAGAUUAUACAUGCCCCAAUGCCAUAAGUCUGUGAAAAAAAAAUUUUAAUUGAUUCAAUCGAACGUAAUUAAUCUUAUUCUCUAUACUAUAUAAAUAGUACAUAGCGAAGCUAAUUUAUGAUUAUCAAUAUUGUUACUUUGUCAUAUGUUCCACAUAAAUGAUUGUACUAUUACUAUUAUUAUUGGUGCUCUGUCCGAAGGCAGGUCCAUACAUGAGCACCACAUUUGAUUUUUUCCGUACCGUGUCUUGUGCCUUGGCUUUCAGUGCUCAUUAUCAGUAUUUUUUCUUCCAGCGGAAGUUGUCCACAAUCAGAAGUUUAUUCGUCUUCGUCAUUUCAGACUCUCUAUUUUUCCUUUGAGGACGGCAUGCAAUAGAUAUUCUUUUCCUAAUAAGAAUUUUACUAGAUCUAUAAGCACAAUAAUUAGUAUCUUAUAUAAAACUCAUGACCGCAUUUUUUUUUCAAGAGUGUAAUGUACUUGUUUUUUAAUAAUGACUAAAAUAGUGCAGUAA